GCAAGUUGCAUCUUCCAACAGCUAGUCUGGUUUAUAUAAUUGAAUAUUAAGAACUUAAAGAUCAAUAAUCAACUGGGCUACGCCUUUGUACAGAACCAUGGACGAAGCGAUAAUGCAAGAAAGGCUUCUUAGAACAGAAGAGCUCGAAACUGCUAAUCUCACAAGCAGAAUUUGGACAGAGUCUAAGAAGACAUGGAGGGUUGCCUUCCCUGCAAUGAUAACCAAAGUGACUUAUUUCGGAAUGAUAGUUGUGACUCAGUCGUUUAUCGGUCACAUCAGCGAGUUGCAGCUCGCUGCAUAUGCACUUGAACAAACCUUCUUCGUGAGAUUUGUUAAUGGGAUAUUGAUUGGCAUGUCAAGCGCAACAGAAACGUUAUGUGGACAAGCAUUUGGAGCUGCACAAUAUCACAUGUUGGGAAUAUAUCUGCAGAGAUCGUGGAUUGUUGAUCAUAUUCUUACGACGAUAGUAGUCCCUCUCUUCAUCUUCGCCACGCCAAUUCUGAGACUAAUUGGUCAGGUGGAGGAAAUAGCAGUAGUAGCUGGAAAAAUCUCUCUGUGGUUCAUCCCUUUCCUCUACUACUUUGUUUUUAGCUUGACAAUGCAAAUGUACUUGCAAACCCAGAUGAAGAACCAGAUUAUUGGAUGGCUUUCUGCAAUUUCGUUCGUGAUUCAUGUGCUUUUGAGUUGGGUUUUUGUGACCAAACUUGACUGGGGGGUCAGUGGUGCAAUGGCUGCAUUGAACAUUUCUGCUUGGUUAACUGUCGUCGAACUAUUUUUGUAUGUUUUGGGAGGGUGGUGUCCUAACACUUGGAAAGGGUUUACUAGGGCUGCCUUUUCUGAUCUCCUUCCCGUCGUCAAGCUCUCAGUUUCUUCUGGCUUCAUGUUUUGUUUAGAACUGUGGUACAAUUCUAUUCUAGUACUCAUAGCUGGAUACAUGAAGAACGCAGCCACAGCAAUAUCAGCUUUCUCCAUUUGCCUUAAUGUCAGUAAUUGGCAAUUCAUGAUCUGCCUUGGAUUCUUAAUAGCUGCGAGCGUGCGAGUAUCAAAUGAAUUGGGGAGGGGAAAUGCAAAGGCCGCAAACUUUGCCAUUAAAGUAGUUCUCUGCACUUCAGCAUGUCUUGGAGUGGUAUUCUGGGUAUUGGCAUUAGUCUUCGGUCGAAAACUUUCAUAUAUUUUCACAGACAACGAGGAAGUUGCAGAUAUGGUUUCAGACCUCUCUGUUCUACUUUCAUUCACGCUGUUACUCAACAGCAUUCAGCCAGUACUCUCCGGAAUAGCUGUAGGUUCUGGUCAACAAAGUAUUGUUGCAUUUAUUAACUUGGGUUGCUAUUAUGGCGUUGGGAUACCUUUAGGGAUUGUGCUUGCAUACGUUGCUCAUCUUCAAGUCAAGGGUUUGUGGAUUGGACUGUUGAGUGGAGUAUUAACACAGACUGUCAUCUUAUCUUGUCUCAUAUGGAAUACUAAUUGGGAUGAGCAGGUAAAGAUAGCAUCAGAACGUCUCAACCGUUGGUUUUUGAAGAAUCCAUAAAAAAAUUAUGUAACUGAUAAUUUUUAAUAUAAAAUAUAUUUUGAAGGAGUUGUUUAAAAUAUGCAAAAGAAAUUCACAUCAGUGUAGAUUUGAAAUCUCAUUGAUUUAGAUUAUGAAACAUUUUUAAACCACUCCUUCAAUAUUAUAUGUUGUU